AUGGUUUACCGGAAAUGGUUUGCUGGAAACUUGGCUUGUGGGGGUGCUGCUGGUGCCUCAGCGCUACUCAUUGUGUACUCUUUGGAUUAUGCUCAUAUCCGUUUGGCCAAUGAUGAUGCCAAGGCUGCGUUGAAGGGAGGAGAGAGGCAAUUCAAAGGUCUGAUUGAUGUCUACAGGAAGACAUUGAAAUCUGAUGGUAUUGCAGGGCUUUAUCAUGGAUUCAGCAUCUCAUGUGUCGGAAUCAUUGUCUACCGUGGGCUGUACUUUGGAAUGUAUGAUUCUUUGAAGGGAGUGCUCCCAAUUGGAAGCUUGCUGGAUAGUCAUGACUUUGGUACUUUCUUCGUUCCUAGCUUUGCCAUUGCGUGGCCCAUCACCUACUGUGCUCGUCUUGCUUUAGCUAUAGAUACUCAGCCUUGCCAUCUGAAUGAAUUUGAUCCUCCAUUGUAA